UGGGCAGGCAGACAAGCGGCAUGACUCAGCUGACUGCAAACACCUUUGAUAUGUAGCAUGUCACAACGUAAACGAAUAAAUAUUUCUUGCUUCCAUCCUACUCAUUGUUUUAAAGCAUCAUCAUUCAAUUAUUGCAAGUCUCAAAUCCAAAGAUCCAACCACCAAAAAUCUUCACCAUGACAACCGAAAAGAGAUUCACUGGCUCUCGCAUCAACGUCAAAUCCAUCGAAACCCCCUCCAGCGCAGAAUGGCGCAUCCGCUUAUCUGGCCCAAAUAUGAUAAACCUCAUGAACGGCCAUCGUCCACAAGACAUGGACGAUAAGUGGAUGUGCAUGACAACGGGGCCUGCUGAACAAGGAUUAAUUCGCGUACGCAUGUGCAGAAGCUGGUCAGAUAGAGAAAUCAUCGCGCUUAUAGGACGUGUCGGAAGUGAUGAUGAAGCAAUUAUUGCCAAGGAAGGCGGAGAGAUUUUGGCGAUUAUGUGGCCGACGCCGGAAGAGGACGAGUAUGAUCCUUUUGAUGAGGAGAGAGCGAAGAAGUUUGCUAUUGGGUUCUGUCGACAUUUUAUGAAUUGUGAGCUUGAGAGUUGAUGAGUAUAUGAGGGCGAAUAAUGGUUUCUGCCAAUGUUCAGGUUAUGACAUGGUGUUCUCGCGUUAGAUUUCUUUGGUCGGUAUGUAGGAUAGCUCAUGAAAGAACGCCGAUGCUCCAAUUUACCAAGAUCGUUGUCUUUUCCCAAGGCCGUCUAUUGUCUUAAUUGAAUGGCGCGUCACUGCGCCUGAAGUCAGCUUGGCUGUCUGCG